AUGUUUAAAGGCUUGAUGAGGCGCUCGUCGUCCUCGUCGACCCCUGACGGGCGCAGCCAGUCCAACUCCAAUGGCAAGAAGUCCAGCGGCAUCUGGCGCAAGAAAACCGAUUCCAAGUCCAAGGCUACCUCACGCGGCGACGACCGUGACCGUAGUCUAGGGGACUUGCCAGCUGAUUCGGCACCGCCUUCGUCAGGUCGUCGGAGCUAUGAGCCCAGUGUUGCUAGCGAGUCGGCCGCAAAGGUUGACCGCGAUACACGGGGUGCGCGCAGACGUGAUCGCGAACGGUCGUCCAGUCCAGAACCCGUGCCCAGGAGGCUGAACGGGAAUGAGUUUCGGAGUCGGGAUGACAGCGCCAACGAAGAGAGCAACCGGCGGAGAGAGCCACAGCGCUGGCCGCCUGGUGAUGUGUCUCUUCCCCCACUAGACACUGGUGCUGCACACACGACUUCUGAUCAAUUCGCUGCCGAUAUUGCGUCGCCUGGCUUUUCUCAAUUUCCUAUGCAAUACGAUAAUAAUUAUAAUUACGACUCCCCUAAUUACAAUAAUCCCGUUUCGAUUCCGCCGCCGCUAAUGCCAAACCAUCCCGAUUCGUCUCCUACUUCGCCUGCUACAUUCGACCCUCACGUCCCGCAGCAAUUCCCAGGCCAAUUCCCCACGAAUACAGCAGAGCCCUAUCGUCCGUACAACAACCCGGCCGGAGAGGCAGCGGAUUACUACGGUGACCAGGGGCAGUCGGUUCAGAACCAACCAGGUGUUCGUCCCAACCCGCCCCUGGUCAUUCCCAACAGCCAAGCACAUCUGAUGCCCGCUUCUCCGGGCGCCAACCCGCCUCCAGAGCCUAGUAGCAUGGGACAAGUUGGCUCCGCGGCGGAAUUCUAUGCCGAUUCUCCAGACCUGGAUAAUCCGGUUCCGCAACAACAACCGCCCGAGGAACCUCCCAAACCCUCAAAGCCAAGCAAACCCUCUGCUGCCCCUGCCGGUAUUCCUAGUGGCCCGCCCAGCUAUGACACUCCAGACUCUCCUGUGCCGCCUGAAGCACCUGGAUCGGCCGGUACCCAGCCUGUGGGGUACACUCAAAACAGCCCUACUCAAUCUCAUAGCAUGGGCCCCGCCAUCGGAGCGGCAGCAGCGGCAGCAGCAGUGGGAUACAUGGCAAAUCACCACCAUAACUCAUCAACGUCGAGUUCUGAGCAUCCUUUGCCAUCGUCGUACACGCAGAACCACGAGCCUUACUCUCCCAUAGGCCAGCCAGGUCCAGCCAUAUAUCCAAAUCCCGCCUUGAAUAACCCCAACUACGCUUCCCACCCGAACCACCCAGAUCAUGAAGCCGUUUAUCACUCGUCUCCGUUUCAAUCGGGUGGUUUGGCGUUUCAACAGCGUCAGCGAGGCCCCUUGGACAAGUUUAUCGACUUCUGGAAGGACCAUGAGGGUGUUGGCAUGUACGAGGAAUACACAGAAGCCAUUGGGGUCUGCAAGUACUGCUUCGAGCCCGGUACCACCUCGCGAGAUGCCCCGCGGAAGCAUAACUACCGGCCGCGCCGCCGCUCUUCAGAUCGCUUCAGCAAUGACUCCAGGGUGGACAAGUCGAGUCGCUAUUCGCCCCCCUCAGACGACGAAUCUCGACGACGCAGGAGCUCAUCUAAGAGGUCUUGGUUUGGCGGUUUAUUCUCUGGAUCCGCGGCUAAAGCUUUGUUCGAGAGCCAGGAUUUCGAGGAUUCGUACAACGUUCGACCAAGCCGAGUCAGCAGUCCGCGCCUUUCAUCCUCUGACAGCGAAAGUGAUUCGGACCGCAAGAGCAAGCCUUCACGUCGCCGCAGGCGUUCUUCUCUCAGUCAAUCACCAGGCGGUAGCAGGUGCAACUCCUAUUCGGACCCAAGGAGGAGCAGAUACGAAGGACCACGUUUGCGAUCUCGAUCUCGAUCUAGCUCCGAUUCUCGAUCCAGGUCCUCGUCCCGAUCGGACCGUCACUCCCCCAUUCGCGAUUUUGCCCUCGGAGCUGCGGUUGGUUCUGUUGCCGCGGCAGCCACGUCCCGCCCUCAGAAGAGGCGCAGUCGCUCUCCGAAGAGGAAAGGCAAGGGUCGAAAGAAGUCGACUACGGAGGAUUCUUCGUCUUCUUCCUACCUCGAUAUCUCAAGACCAACUACCGCGGGGAGUUUGGGAUCUUUCUUCAACACCCCUUCUGAAAACAAGAAGAAGCCCAGGCCCAAAUCGCGAAAGGGUUUCUUCCCGUUUAGUAAUAAUAAUUCUUCCUCUUCGUCCUUGGAUGAUGAUCUUGCAUUCGGAACGGCAUAUGCAAAAAAACCCAAGAAGUUGAAGAAGGGAAAAGGGAAGAAGAAAGAUGAGGACGUGAAUGCGAAACUCCUUGAAUUGAGUGCCAUGGCCACAACAUUGGCCGGCUCCACUCAAGGCCGUCGGUCUGGUGAAAUUCUCGCCGGCAAAGAUCCGCGGUCGCAUCGGUCUCAGAGCGCCCCAUCUGCUCCCAAGGAUGACGAAUGGGAAGAUUAUUCGGAAGGACAGGAAUCUAGCGUUAGUUCCGCGCUGGCGUUUGGUGGCAGCAGUCAAUAUGGCGGAAGCAGCAGCAGCGAAGAUUCAUCCGACUCGGGGACAUCGAAGUGGAACUGGAGGUGGGGAAGCAAGAAGGACAAGAAAAAGAAUGAGCAGAAAAAGGACAGUCCAUCUCACGGUGAUUUCCCCACUGGCUCCAUUCUCGCUGGCACUGCUCUUGGAACGGCUGCGUUAGCUUCGGGUUACCGUAAAGAGGGGGAACACUUCUCCAGCCCCAGCAGCAGCAGCUCUGAAAGUUUACAACAACUGGACCCCAUCCCCGCCUCAGAUCCUCCGCGUUUCAAUGCUAGUAGCUUCCCGUCAUCGUCUUCUGCCCAGGAGCCGGCUUUUAUUCGCCCCGGGCCGAUUCCGCUUCAACAACCUCAACCUGUAACACCGGUGUCGCAGGCUGUCUACUCGUCUCAGGGAGAGCCGGCUCCAGUGUACAAUGCCCCCACCAUUCCUCCGUUCUUUCCACCAGACGCUUUCUACGACCCCGCGUCUGGGGGACGAGACGAAAUUUAUCCGCAACGUAGCGACGUCUCUUCAAAUUGGAACCGCACUCAUCGGCGACGAGAGUCAUCCCCCGACUUCUAUCCCGGACCGUUUCAGGACUUUACACCCUCUAGCUACAAACGUCGCCCAACAGACCAAGCGUCAGUCCAGUUCGACCUAACCGAGGAACAAAAAGACAAGGAACGCCGUGCCGCCCGCCGCGAAAGAGAAAGACGUGAUAACGACCGCGAUCAAGACAUCCAACUUCUUGACCAUGAAAGUGAAGAAGAGGAGAACGAACGUCGAGAACCACGUCGCCUGGAACGCCUGGAACUAGAGCCCGAGCGAGGAAGGAGCAGGUCCCGUUCUCGAUCAUCGACUCGCAGAGAUCGCUCGCCGGACCGUCGUCGAUGGGACGAUGACGAUUCGUCAUCUUGGAUCGGCCCUGCCGCCGCUGGUACGAUAGGCGCUGCGGUUGCAGCUGCGGCUAUGCCGAGCGGGGCACCGAGUGAGAGCGCUUCUGAGAGUAGCCAGCGCCACAGGGAGCGCAGUGAAAAGCGCCGUGCUGAACGAGUUCCUCCGUUUUCUGAGGUGGGAUGGGAUCGGCCUGCUCGUGCUGAGCCCAAGGAGGAGCCUCAAACACAGCCAGAGCCUGCUGAUGUUGAUGUUGAGGAUGAAUCCCAGAUAGCACCGGAAGAUCAAUCAAGACCUGGCAAGAACCCAACAACCAGGACCCCACGCACGAAGCCUACGCACGAAAGCUACGCUACGUAUUUCGCUCCUAAGGAGGACCGACACAGCCCUGAUGCACAAACGGAGCAUCGAGAGGACGCCUCAAUGUCUACGAUACCUGAAGAUGAGCCGGAACCUCCGUCCCAGCAAAAUAUCGAGCCUCCGUCGAAAUAUCUUGGAGGACUCCCCUGGAAUGUUCCCCGAUUGCAUCUCAUCGAGCCCACGCCUCCUCAUAGUCAAAAUGGGUCAGCAAGAGACGUUGCAUCUCCUGAUCCGUCCGCUGCAGAACCUUCCCAGAAGGAAGAAGCACCUCGUCGUGAACAAGGAUCGACAACUGGCUCCCGCGUGUCAUGGGGUGGAAACGAAACCCAUGAAUACGAAGUCCACUCGACAUCUUCUGAGCAAGACUCUGAUUAUGAGAUGGCGGACGAACCCGAUGACAUGCAAAGGGAUCCUGUUAAUCACGGGAUGGCUCAAGAACCUGUUGGCAUGCAAAGGGAUCCUGUUGAUCACGGGAUGGCUCAAGAACCUAUUGGCAUGCAAAGAUACCCUGUUGAUUACAAGAUGGCACAGAAACCCGAAGGCAUGCAAAGGGAUCCUGUUGAUCACGGGAUGGCUCGGGAGCCCGAAGGCAUGAAAAGAGGUCCUAUCCAGCAGGACAUCGAGUUUGCAACUAUCCUUGAUGCCACCACCAAGGAUGCAGGUUUCGAUCCGGCAAUUAUGACUGCUGAUCCUUACUACGAUACGCGCUCGUCGCCACCGCAGGCUGAAUACCACGAAUUCUCGGAAUAUGAACCCUCUUGGCACAAACCUGCCCAUCACAUCUUCGAGCCUCAUGGGGCUGGUCGGGAUGAGGCUCAGACGCCUCCUCGCGAGGAAAGAGAACCAGAGGCUAUGGAGUAUGCACCUGAGGUCAAGUGGCACAGGGAGGCCAUCGGACGCUUCAAUGCACCCAAGGCCAAAGAGACCAUGCCUGGUAGCUUCGAGGAAGAGUCAGUGAAACCAACCGAGGACCCUUCUCCUCGCCCGGUUGUCGAAGAAAAGCGCCCCAGGGGAAACGAUAGACCACCCAAGAGGCGCUCAAGCCGGGACAGUGCUCGUGAUGACCCAAGGAAAACUGCAAUUGACGUCUCCCGGCCGGAGCCAAUCAGCGAGGAGCCACGAAGUAAAAAGGAACGGAAGCCAGUGAACAACGACAUUCCCUCCAAAGAGGACCGCGACAUCAGGGUUCCAGGAGAGUUCGCGCCGAUUGCACUUGCUGCUUUCCCGCCAGGGCCGAUUAGCGAGGAGCCCCGAAGCGCAAAGAAACAGCAGCCGGUGAAGAAUGAGACCCCCUGGGAGGAUUACCAUCAAUCAGAACCCCCCAGGGAGAAACCCGCUCUGAGCCAAGAGGAGCAGCCCAAGCCUGAGCCUUCUACCGUGAUUCCUUCUCAAGAACCCGCUCUGGGCCAAGAGGAGCAACCCAACGCUGAUCUUUCUAUCCCUACUCAAGACUCCGCUGAGCUGGAAAAAGAGGGAGAGAGGGGCAUCAGCAGGGAGACGGAAGCCGAAGAACCAAUCGACGAGCCACUCCCGCCGCUCCCGUCUAGCCAUGGCUCCCUUAACGCAUCGAUAGAGGACUUGAGUGUUGUUCCCGAUGCGCAAAGCUGGAAGGUGCUCGACCUGACCCACGAUAUCCACCCUAAGGAGGAUCCCAAGCUUGAUCUCGCAACUCGUUCUGAGGAACGCCGUGGCGAGGAAGAACAUGCGAAGGAGGGAAACGCCGAAAAGGAGAGCGAAAGACCGGAGGCCCAAGAACCAAUUGAGGAACCACUUCCAUCACUACCGUCGAGCCAUGGUUCAUUAAACUCUCCGGCAAGGGACCUGGAAACCGAUCCAAAUGAGAAAGACUGGAAGGCAUUUGACUUGACCCAGGAUGUCCAUCCUAAAGAGGAGAUCAAUCCUGGUCCGCCUCGGGAACCCAGCGGCGAGGAAGAGCUGAAGGAGAAGGACGAGGGUGAGAGGGAUAUUCAAAAGGUUGAAGCCCAAGCACCAAUUGAUGAGCAAUUUCCACCACUCCCGUCGAGCAAUGGCUCACUCAAGGCAUCGGUAGAGGAUCUGAGCGCUGUUCCUGAUGAGCAAACCCAGGACCCCAUCGACUUAACCGAAGAUACCCAGUUUGAGGAGCAGCCGAAGCCUGAGCCUUCGAUCUCGACGCCUGCUCCCCAGGCCGAGGACGAACCCAAGCCAAAUUCCCCGAUCACAAGCCCUUUUCAUAAACCCACUGACGGCGACGAGACGGAGAGAAAAAGCGGAGCAAAGGACAUCAGCGAAAAGGCAGCGACCCAAGAGCCAGUCGACGAGCCACUUCCACCACUUCCGUCAAGCAAAGGCUCAUCGUUGAACGCGUCGGUUGAGAACUUCGUCCCAGGUGAGGAAGACUGGAAUCCGAUAGAUAUGACGCAAGCGGUUCAUGAGGAGCAGCCUGGGCUUGGCCUUUCUUUCCAAGAACCUGUUGGUGGUGACGAAGAGAAGGAGACAGAGACAGAGACGGAGAAGGAGAAGGCAAAGGCCCCAGAGCCAAUUGAUAAAAAACUUCCACCACUUCCGUCAAGCAAGGGCUCAUCGCUAAACGCGUCGGUUGAAGACCUCAGUUCUGUCCCAGGUGAAGAAGACUGGAACCCGGUAGAUCUGACGCAAGCUGUUCGUGAGGAGCAACCUGAGUUUGGUCUUCCUUCCAGGGAGCCCGUUGAUGAUGGGGAAAAGAAGAAGGAAAAAGCAAGAGCCCCGGCGCCAAUCGACGAGCAACUUCCACCCCUCCCGUCAAGUAACGACUCAUCUCUCAACGCGUCGGUAGAGGACUUGGAUGUUGUUUCUGGUGAGGACAGCUGGAACAUGGUAGACCAGCCCGAGGAGCAACCAAAGCCUGAUUUCCCAACCGGAAUUCCUUCUCAGGAGCCCAUUGGAGAUCGAGAUUCUCAGCCUGAAGACAAGCCUAAGCCUGAGCUCUCAAUCACAUUCCCCUUCCAGGAACCUGCUCUGAACCAAGACGCCCAAGCCGAGGACCAGCCUAAGUCUGGCUUCUCCAUUACGGCCCCUUCUCAAGAGCCCACCCUGCAUCAAGAGACCCAGCUAGAGGAUCACCAGCAGCCUGAUCUGAUUCCGUCUCAGGAACCUGCUCUGAACCAGAAUUCUCAGUCCGAAGACAAGCCUAAGUCUGAGCUCACAAUUAAAUUCCCUUCCCAGGAGUUUGUCUUAAAUCAAGAGACCCAACCAGAGGAUCAGUUCGAACGUGGUUUUUCAAUGACACCCCAUUCCCUGGAGCCCAUUUUGGAAGAAGCUGAGGACGAAAUCCAGCCUGACCCAUCGACCACAAUUCCUUUUCAACCCAUUCUGAACCGAGACACUCCUCUUAAUUACGAGCCCCAGCCUGACCCCUCGGUCACGAUUCCUCAAGAACCCAGUGACGAUGAUGACCUGGAGAAGGAAAAGGAAAAGGGCAAGGAGAUGGAGAAGGGCCUCUCUGACUCCCAGGAAGAACCGCUCACUGAAGAGACAACCUACGACGAUACUACUUCGCUGGAAACGAGGGAGAAAGGUACAAGUGGCUGGGAGGUGGUAGACCCGAUUCAAAUUGCUCUGCCUGAGGAGCAGGCUGAGCCGGACUUCUCCAAUACAGCUCCUUCUCAGCAACCAACCCUGAGCCAAGACGCUCAGCCUGAUCAAACGCGUGAUCUCUCUGUCACACCCCCUCAAGAAGUGGCUGGCGAGGAAGAGUCCAAGGAAAAGGGAAAGGAGAAAGCGACGGAUUCCUCAGACGCUCAGCAGGAGCAACCUACCAAAGAGAGAGUCGAGAAAGAUCCCCCUCCGCCCUACGAGAGUCAUGAGGAAAACGAGGCGGUGAUCCCUACCCAAGAUGUCCAGCCUGAGCCCCAACGCAAGCCUAGUCUCUCCAUUGCCAUUCCUUCCCAAGAACCCGAGGACGAACUGGAGGAGAAAUACGCAAAGGCGAGAGAAAAGGACACAGACUUCCAUGAGUUUGACACCAUCGACGAAGAAUGGACUGCGUCCGAGAUAAUGAGGGAGAGAGAAAGACACAAGCACGAAUUCGACAUCCAUUCUCCCGCUGAACUUCUCUGGGAUCCUCACAAGUAUUUCAUCACGCCUCGGCCGAUUGGAGGGAUGGGAUCUCGUUCGUUCGGUGGAAGUCUAGCGCCCAGGUCCUAUGAGCCGCCAAAGAUCCAGGACGAUGACAUUGAUAUCUCUGACCCGGAUGAGGAUAUCUCUCCUCCCGAGUCGGGGCCUUCUGGUCCGCCAGGAAAGGAAACUUCUGCGCCAGAGCCGGCGGAAAUGACAGCACCAACUCAGAAGGAGAAGUCGGAGAACUCUGAGGACCCGGGCAUUGCUGGCACUCGUGAUGAAGAAGAGCAACCGAAGGAGACUAUCCCGGAAACUCAGCAUGCUCACGUUGGGGAGGACAAAACGAUCGUUCCUGACAUCGAGGUUACGCCACCGGUAAAGGAUACAAUCAUUCAUACGGUUCCGGUCACGGCACCCAAGGAAGAGGAGCAGGCACCAUCAACUCCUGACUUUGGUGGAGUCGUUGAUGCAACUGUUGCUGUGGCAGUGGAUGCAAGUGAAAGCCACCCCGUCCCAGAGACUCAGACCGAUGUCAAGGAGAACGAGCCGGCUGUUCCUGAGAUUGAGAUUACGCCAGCAGUCAAGGACAAGAUUGCUCCUACGGUCUCUGAUGUUCCUGUUCCGGCUACUGCAUCCAAGGAGGAGGAGCAAACACAAUCAAAUUCUCCUUCCGAUUUCGCGGCUAUCGUUGAUGCUGCAUUUGCGGCUGCUACGGGUUCUACGGAUGACAAGGCUGUCCCUGAGGAGGGAGUUGCGAGAGAUCUACCUGUGGAGUCAAAGGGUGAUCUGAGCUCCAAGGUACCACCACCGGAGGGGUCUACUGCUACGACUGAAUCCGAUUUUCUGGACGCAAGCCAGCAGUCGGAGGAUGGGCAAGAGCCUUACCGCACUUUGUCCCCUAUAAUGGAAGAACCAGACCUGGAAUCAGAAAGGUCUCAAAGCGUGGAUCUGGCGCAUGAUGAGCAGACACCUAGUCAAGAAAGUGAGAAGAUGGAGUUGGAAGCACCUGCUGCUGAAGACACGUCUGUAUCACGGGCACCGCUUGGCAAACAAUCCCCUGUACCCGAGGUAGAACCGACUGCCACCGCGCCAGAAACUGAACGCGCCCCCGAUGUCACCACCAAAAACGUGCAGAAUACUGGUGAAGCGAGCCAGGAGGCCCAGCCAAGCGAUGAGGCCCAGAGCGUAACGACGGAGACCGCGACUUCUCGAGACGGGUACGCCGAGUCAACCCAGGAUUCCGGUACUGAUUUCUGGGACGCCGUUGAAAAGCAUGAGGAGGGAGAGGGAAGCAUCGCUUCGUCACUCGACCGUCCAAUUGAUACGUCGGAACCACCCACUCCACGCGAGUGGAGGACUGAGGCAUCUUUCGAACCGGAAGUGCCUGCUCAAGAUGUUCAGGUUAGCCCCGUCGAAGAGUUUUCAAGAUCUACUCCUGUUGAAGAGGAAAGGGAAGAUGCUGGUACGCCAAAGGCGGAAGAUCAGCUCCUCGAGAAGACAGGAAGCACACAAGUUCCGAUUGAAGCCCAGAACGCAAUUUCCCAGUCUGACAUCACCCGCGACGAGCCGCCGCGACAAAUCGAAGUCUCUCCUUCAGUCGAGCCUACCGAGACUGUCGAGACUGUCGCGGCGAAAUCCGAGCCUGCAGUGGCUGGCAGCGAGCAAUUGCUGGAUAAAUUGCCCGAACAGACUGAGCAACUCGUCGCAGGUGAAACUAAGUCUCUCGUGAAACCUGCAUUGGAGGUAAUCCCCGAGGCGGCCGCGGACGCCGAAGCGCCUGAAAAUGCGACCGAAAAGUUUCCUCAAACAAAAUCAAAGGAGGAUUACGAAAAAGACCGCAAGUUCUCAUCUUCCUUAGAGCCCCUGACAGAGACAGAAGCCGAACACUCGCAACCGGCUGAUGCUGUGGCGGGGGCGGGGGCAUUCGAAACAAGCGGUGAGGUCCCAGCCACCACUGAUGCACGCCAUCAGAAUCCCGAACCUGCGGGUGCUCAAGAUGUUGAACCGGUACCCGCAGCAAGCGAGGGUGAGUCAAUUAUGCCUGUGGAGAAACCGGAGUCCAAUAUUGCCGCACAUGGGCCAUUGUCGCUCGAAACUGAACAGACACCUGCGCCUGCACCUCCAUUGGAGCCGGGAGCCACACCGGAGGACAAACAGAAUGUGGAGGAUAGUGGGGAAAGAAGCAAGCAUGGUUCCCCCUCGACCACUCUCGAUGAAGCUGCAACUAUCGAACUGCCACCAUCACCCCACGCAGAAGUUGCAGAUGUGAACGUCCCCGCUGUCACCUCUGACGCAUUACCAUCCUCCCUCGCACCAACCGAGGAACCAAGCCAGGAACAACCGAUUGAAAGAGAGAUGCCUCACUUUACCGCAGACAACGAGAGCCUUGCCGAUGUAGUGACGCGGGCCCAAAAGAGGAAGGCGAAGAAGGAGAGAAGAAAGAAGCGCCACUUUGCAUCGCUAGAUGAAUCUGUCCCGGCGACUCUGCAAGAUGAGACUGAUCCGAUAGAUAAGAUCGCUCCUGUUAAGGCACCUUCGGUCGACAAAGAUAGUGCUAUUGCCCAUGAGCCGACCGAAGCCAUUCCAGAACAACCCAGAGAUGACGUCCCGCCCGCAGACAUCGAGCAUAGAGAAGCUCCCGAGACAAGCGUUGAGCAAGUGCCUCCCAAGAGCGAUGCAUCAAUUUAUCCAGAAGCUACUAUUGUGCAGGGGCCUGUUGCGGGAGCCGAAACCAUCCAAGAAAAGGCCCAAGACGAAAUUACACCUACUGUGGAGACCUCUGGUACAACUGCCGAGUCAACCGUAACAGAGCCAGAGCCUACUCAGGAAGAGCGCGAUAUCACCACCAGCGUGGAGCCUGUUUCGACAAGCUCGGACCACGUCGAGGAAGCACCAAAGGAAGAUCUGACUGUGGGUACCAAUGUCAAUGCUCCCGUCCAAGAUCCAACUGCAACUGAACCGAGCUCCGCAAAGGAUGUGCCUCAAGAUGACCCGGCGCAUGCUCAGGACCAACCUCAAAGAGAGGCGACAAAUGUCCAGGAGCUGCCAAGUCUCGAGAAGGAUGAUGAGGAGGCGCCAGUCACUGAACCGCCAAGUCACACGAACUCGAAGAAGAACAAGAAGCACCGUCGCUCGGCCUCGUCAGAAAUCGAGCAGCCUGCUCCAGCUGAGGACGUGGCUGAUACCCCUUCCAUUGAAGCACUUUCCGAAGCACCUGCCGCCUCGCAAACAACUGAAGAGAAGCCCGUCGAAAGUCCAGUGACUGAGACCCAAGAGGAGCUCCACCCUACCAUGUCCAAGAAACAGGCUAAGAGGGAGCGGAAGAAGCGCAGGUCAAUGAUCAACAUGGGCCAGUCACCUGAUGAGCUUCCUGUAGAGUCCGCGCAGCCUACUGCUGUACACGGAGCGCCCGCUCAAGAGCUACAACAACAGCCGGACAAUGAUUCUGCUGUGAAGCCAAGCCAGACGGUCCUUGAUAACGCCAGCGCGGAAGGAUUCGAGAUCAUCGAUGCACCUUCGGACACUCCGAUUGAGUCUAUAACUCCGGACCUUCAGGAGCAAGCAAUAGUGGAGGAGUCACGGGAGGCUCUGGCGCAAAAGGGUGACGAGGCUAUUGCACAAGAAGUUCCGCAGGUCAAAGAGAAGGAGGAGCCAAAGUCUGACCUUGAGACUCAGCCAUUCGAGUCGAAAGGAGCAGGAUUGCUCAACCCUUUAUCGGAAACAGCUCAAGUAAAAGAGCCUGAAGGAUCCACAUUACACCCUGCAGAUGCCGAGGACACCAGCUCCUUGUCUGGAGAAACAAAGAAUAAAGUCAGGCACCACAGAAGACGCCGGUCCAGAAUCCUAGAGCAUCUCGCCGAAGCCGAAGCCGAGCGAGAGCGAGAGCGAGCCAAACAAGCUUCGACCAAAGAAAAUCCCACGGGAACGUUGCCUGUGACAGAGUCCAAGCCUACUACACCUGUUGAGGAUUCCGGUAAUUACCAACCCCACGAUGUGGAAAAUGCCACCGCUAACAAUCUGAGAAAAGACAUGUGGACUGAUCCUUCAAUUUCCUCGCAGAUAGAACAAGGGCGAGAAGCCCCUUUCGCUUUUCCUUAUUCGGAACAGGUUGAUGACAACCGGGUAGUACCUGCUCUGAACGAAGAGCCUCGUGCCCAGCCGUCGUCAGAGGAACCUGAAGCUGUCGCUGGACCUAUCGAGGUGAAGGCCAUGGAGUCUCAGGCAGGUCACGACAGUCAAGUCGAACAACGCACACAGGAAUCGGCCUCCACUCCAUCAGGCGAGGAACGUGAACUUGUUCCCGAGACGGCACCCGUCAUGGAAGAGAAGACGAAAGAAUUCACACCUGCAAAUCAAGAAAUCGUGGAGCUUCCCUCUAUUCAGACAGAGAAAAGCGAACGCUCUCUGGAUAUCAUUGGGUCCAUCCCUGCAAAUGAACCGGCUGCCACUGUUGAUGCUGGUGAAGUUUUGGAGAAGCUAGCUUCGGAUGUUGCGCCAAGCCAGACCCACGAGCAACCAUCCAUCAACCAGGAGGAAUCGACGAACCCUCAGGAAACCGUCUUGCUACACGACUCUCCGACGGCUGAGCCAAGACAAGAUUAUGCCCCUGCCACUCCAAGCCGCAAGAGGUCGAGGAAGGAAAAGAAACGAGCGAGGAAGCGGGCCAAAGAAAAUCACGAGGGUUCUGCUUCGCCGGAAGAGAUUUUCUCAGAGUCCACCACCGCACUUAUUGAACAGCCACCUCUGGUGAGCGAUCAGGUUGAGGAUGCAGAACUACCCCGGGGUGAUGAACAAAAGGUUUUCGCGGAGGAAUCAAAGGCCAAGGUCGAGGAUCCAGGUACGACAGGCGAAAAGGCUGUCCAGGAGCCUGUUGAGCAACCACACCGAAGGGAGCCUAUGGAACCAGUCGAAGGGCAACCUACUGCUCAGCCAUUGGAGAACGAACAGCCGCCUACGCAAGAAAAGAAAAAAGAGGCACAGAAGGAGGAACAAGUAACAGUGCAAGAACCAAGGAGCAAUGAUAAUGAUAUCGAGGCUGUCAACGAAUCUCAGACAGAGAAGGCCUCCGAUUCUGCCCCCGAGUCCAGCAUGACGUCUCGCCUAUUGAAUAGAGUGUCCGGCACCUUCCCCGACUUGAAACGGGAAAAAUUUCGACUACCUUCCAAGAACCAGUCGGUAAAAGAUAGGGCCGAGGAUGAGACCACGGAACCCGAAGUGAGCCGCGGAUUCGAAAACGAGCACGCGGCCUGGGUCUCGGAGGUACCUAUCACUUCGCAGGACUACCAGAGAGAGCGACUGUCCUCUGCUGAGCCAUUUGAGGACGAACCAUCGUUCCAGCUGUCUACGACAACUAAUCCUGAAACGACGAUCACGGACGUCGCUAUCGAUGUCGAGGUUGAUGAGUACUACAAGGUUUCUAUUCUGUCAGAUAGAACGACAGGCGGAUCGCCAGCAAUUGAGAUUGAUCCGACCUCAGGGGAUAGCGCCGAAAGUGCAGAGCAAAGUCCCGAUAAUGAGAGGUCUGCACAUGGUCCUCCGUCUUCGGACGACAGGUCUUUUACGGUCGUCGACUCAUCGUCAACACAGGCAGAUACUAGUCGGGGGGUCAGUCCAUCCAUUUCUCAGACCACAAAAACAUCGCGGUCACUAGCCCCGUCACCUCCAUUACCAGAUGUACGCGAUCGAGUGGAGAGAACCGACGGAGUACGGACCACGGAUCGAAACGGGAAGCCCCGACUGGAGAUAAAGCCUGUAGAUUCGUUGCAACCACGGACCCCAAGGUCAACAUCUCCGAUCCGGAAGUACACAGGCAAUGCAUGGGCACAACAAGCAACCAAGAAGCAUGGCGAGAACCCGGUUAUCAAACCUCCAGUUCGACAGAACAGCCUACCGACCGCACGAAGGCCGCAAACACCGGAGCGCAAGCCGAUUCUGCGACCCAGCAGCAUGAGCAACUUCCAUGGCGUCCCAAAAAUGCAGCAGACUCUUCAUAGUCCGGAUGUUCCUCGGUCGCUGCGUCGGAAGAGCAAAACGACUCGCGACAUGAGCGCUGAUUUGCGGGCGGCUAGUCGGGCACUGCAGGAGGAAAAUGGGUCCCAGCCACCGCCCACCGACAUUAACAUCGAACGUAUCGCCUCGUCGUCCUCUUACGAUCCCGUCACCGACAAGGGCAAGCGACCGAUCCGCGGCAUGACGGACGUUUAUGAGGCUUGGGGCGAAACUCCCAGUUCCCCACGGUCGCCCAGCCGUCCACCUAGCGUCCGACAUCGCCGGAGUAUGCAACAUCUCCAACAACUCGAAUCUCGCUUAGAUCAAUUGAUUUCGGAGAAUCGACUGCUUUCUGCUGAGCGUGAGGCUGCCGAAAACAAACUCAAAACGACCACUCUCGCCCGUCGCAAAAGUGACCAGGCUCUUAACUCACAAAAUACUGAUUUGCGAGAUAGAUCAGAGGAAGUCGAAGAAUUGAGGAAAUCUGUGGAGUGGUUUCAGAAGGAAGUCAAUCGGUUGACUGAAGAAAAUGAAGGAUUGACGGGGACGAACGCCAACCUCGCCGCUACCCACGAACGAGAACAUCAGGAAUUCCAGGAAUCGUCGGCCCGCGAAAUUCAGGAACUCAGAACGCGAUACCGACAAGCGACUGCUAAUACACGAGACCUGAUACGACGAGAGCUCGAUGUGCACCUGGCGCAAAAGAACGCAGAAUUACGUCGUCUAAGUGAAGAACUCCAGGAGGAGCAGGAGAAGGUACAGCAAUUACAACAGAAGCUCGCAACAUCAGAAGUUUUGGUCCACCGUAAUGAUCAAUUCUUCAAAGCAGCCUGCCAUAAUUUGUAUGCUCGUGUGCAGCAUUGGGUGAAGCGCUUCUCGAAACAUUCCGAUAACCUCCGCUACCUGACAUUCGAUCAACUGCAAGACCCAAAAUCACUGGCCAAACGAUUGGAGACUGACAAAGUAUUGGCCGCUCGAUUGGACGUCGGCAAACUGGCCCGAUUGGAUGUCAACAAACUGACCGCCCGAUUCGACAACGCCAUCCUCGACGGAUCCGACGUGGAGUAUUACCUGGCCGACCGGGUCGGUCGUCGGGAUGUGUUCAUUUCCGUAAUGAUGACAAUGAUGUGGAAGUUUAUCUUUGCGCCGUACAUGUUCGGCAUGGACAGUGAAAAGCAACAGAAGCUGAACAGUCUCGAGGAACAACUCACCGAGGCUGGGAAGUUUACUGCUGUCCGUCGCUGGCGGGCUACUACCUUAUCUUUGCUGUCCAAGAGCCCUUCGUUUGCUGAACAGCGUGAGAUUGAGAUGGAAGCCGUCACGCAUGAAAUCUACGAUACCCUGGAAAGUAUCUGUCCGCCGCCGAAAGACAAAGUAAAAAAGCUUCGUGAGGAUCUGCACGGCGUGCUGCAGAUCGCAGUCACUCUGUCCAUAGAGAUGCGCACUCAACUGGCUGAAUACUACAUUGUCCGUCCUCUCCUGGCCGAGUUCGGCGACAAUGGGGUUGUAACGCGACGCGUCCACUUCAACGAAGCAUUGAUGAAUGAACGCAGUGCUCUCGACUCCGGGGCAGGUGAAGGCUCCGUGCGCUUGUUCUUAUUCCCGCUCGUGGUGAAGGAACACGAUGACAGCGAAGAGGAGGAUGACAAACACGAUGACAAGAAAGAGGACAAAGGCCCAGUGGUCAUCUAUCCCGCACAGGUGCUCGUUAAUCGACCGGAAGAAGAGGUUAAACAAUCGAGCAAGUCUCUGGACCGAAAAUCAUCGGUGCAGAGUAGUGUUCCUUCGUUGAGAAUGGACAACACGUGA